CACAAAAAAAAAAAAAAAUAAUAUCUAACUCCAUAAAAAGAUAUUAAAACCAAAAAUACAAUACUCUCUCUCUCAUCAUUUCAUCCAUUCAUGGCUUUCCUUCAAUGUCCACUUCUUUCACUCUUCUUCUUCAUGUUCAUCUCUUUAUUAUCACUUUCUUCACCUAUGUCCAUUCAUGAUCUUCUCAAAUCCAAAGGCUUACCAUAUGGUCUUCUCCCAAAAGAAGUAAAAUCUUACAACUACACAUCAUCAAAUGGCCUUCUUGAAGUUUAUUUAUAUGGACCUUGUUUAACAAAGUUUGAUACAACAACAAUGGCAUUUUAUGAGAGUUAUUUCAAAGCUAAUCUUACUUAUGGUAGUCUUAAUGGUGUUCAUGGACUUUCAAAAGAAGAGUUAUUUGUAUGUCUACCUGUUAAAGGAAUUGUUGUUGAUGAUAUAAAUAAUUAUGGACUUAUACUUUUUGAUAUUGGUUUGGCUCAUAAACAACUUUCACUUUCACUCUUUAAAGAUCCACCACAUUGUAAUCCAAAUGGAAUUCUGAAAAAGAACACUGGAAUAAGGACAUAUUUAAAGCACAAAGAUACAACAUAUGCCCUUUGAAAAAUAUUGUCUUGUGACAUCUAUAGUUGCAUUGUGUUGGUCAGUCUGAUGCACAAAACAUCCUCAUUAGAAAUGUCCGGAGAAGGGGUGUAACGUAGACAAACUUAUCUAAAUGCAAAUAUUAGUGGUUAUUUUCACUACUCGAACCGUGACCUAUAGGUCACACAGAGAUAGUUUUAUCGGUUUUUCCAGGGUUCCCUUCAGUAGUUGUAUUAUAUUAGUGUAUACUAGUUUUUUUGCUUCUUAACUGUUGUUAGAUAUACGUUUUGAAGUCUGAUUAAUUUUGAUUCAUAUUGGUAAAAGGUUCAUACCA